CCUGGGUGUACUAGCCUGUUUGUUCUAACCUAUGGCAUGGGAUGGCCAUGGCAAGAGACAAGCUGGAGAUUUGCAAGACCAAGGGCUCGAGGCCAAAAGACCUCGCAAGACGGAGACUGAGUCCAAAGAUCUUUGCGGUCUUUGCGAAUCGGUUUAUGCCCAGUUGGAAGGACCUGGCGACAAGUCCAAAAUCCGUCAAGGGCUGCAUCACUUGAUCGUUCAGCUUCAAGAUGUGUCUUAUGGUUAUCGAUCGAUCGACUGCAAAGUUGCUUUGAAAAGGCAACUGCUGCGACUGUUGCCCCCACUUGCAAAACAAAUCUCUGCAGCAUCAAACAAGGGGGACUCGUUGGUAGAAGUUGUUGGAAGCUUUGUGGAUUGCAUUGUUCGAAGUGGCUUUGCACAGAGCUCGCGAGAUCGCCGCGAUAUCAUUGCAUCCGGGGCUUGGCUGAUGUGCAUGGAACCACUGAAAGCUGGAAAACCUGAAGAUGUAGUUUCAGCAGUGCAUAUCUAUUUGCAUUUGUCGGACCAUGUUGGCUUUUAUGAUGACUUCAUCGGUAUGCACUCAGAGUUUUGGCAUCCAAGUAUUUUUCGAGAGAUCCUGAAACAUAUGCCCACUGUUUUACAUUUGCCAGACUCUCUUCAAGCUGAUGAAUGGGAACUUCGAUGUCCGGACAUUGAAGCUGCAAUCAAAUGUCUAUUUUGCUUCUUGCUUUUCUGGACGGCAAAGGAACCUGAGAACAGAUUCACCUUUGAAAUCCCAGAAGCGCUUCCACUGCUCAAUGCUGCCCUUGACGCAAUUGAGAAAUAUGAUUUGCUUUUCGGGUCUGAGAUCGGUGCCAAGUGUCGGGGAGAUCCUUUGGAGGAGCUGAUUCGCAUUCUCGGUUUGCUAACCCAGUUUGUUGUUGAGAAGAUUGACAGCCAAGAGACAAAUGAGCAAAACGAGGAAGUGAUGCAGCAGUUGCAACAGCAUGCAGCUGCCGUUCUGAGACUACUUGUCCGACUUCUAAAGCUGAAGAUACCUACCUGUGGAGCAAAGCCGGAAGCCAUCACAGAUGGCCCCAUACCUGUUGAUGAGCGACAACAGGAUAGCGAAUGGAUUCAAAAUCUCUUUGAGAGAUUGUCUGACGAGGAGCCGCCUGUGUCUGCAGCAUGUCUCAUGGAUGUUUUUCGGGCAAUGGUGGACAUGCCUCUCGAGGAGCAGCGCUAUCGCUUGGAAUGUUUGGCACCGAUGGUGCCGCGGUUCAUGGCAGGCUUUGUCGAUCAGCUGAGGCAGAAGACCGUGCCGCCCGAAUUGGCAGACUUUAAGAUUGUAAUGAACAAUGUUCUGCAAGAAUGUGCAACGUCCUUUGCCCUUGAGCUUUUGGAAGAGGUCUCAUUCUAUCCUUGCUUGUUGGAUUUUACGACUAAGCGUGCCAUGCUUCAUGCACAGUGUGACCGUGUCCGACUUACUCAGGGCUCGGGUGAUCCAAUUCGAAUAGUCGUUCCACGGGACAACGUCCUCGAUGGGGUGUGCUCAACUCUAAAUCUUCAGGAUUCGCAGGCGCGUAUUGAUGUUCCUUUGGAGAUUGAAUUCAGAGCUGGCUAUUCAGAUGACACUGGAAAUGAGCUUGUAGACGAGGGUGAGGAUCAAGGUGGACCAAGAAGACAAUGGUUGGACAGAGCGUGCCGCUAUUUCAUUGCAUCUGACCUGUUCAUGUCACCAGCAGAAGAUGCAGCACACCUUGAGUUCUCUCAAACAUCUCGGCAGCGCGGUGCACGUGGGAUCAUUGUUCCUUCUCCAGAGCCUGUUUGCCAGUGUGUUCAGGAAGAUUGGACGGAGCAGUUUGAACUGUUUGGCUGCGUUAUUGGCUUUGCAAUUCUGAAUAAAGAAACUGUUCCAGUUCACUUUGGUCAUAAUUUCCUGCGGUCGGUAUUCGGCCUAAAGACCGACACAGCCGACCUGUUGCCGUUGCUGGAGCAUGUCGACAAGACAUUGCACACCAAGCUAACAUACAUUCUCAGUGGAUCUUACAAGGACUUGGGUGACACGUUGGAAGAUGUUCUUGAGCAAUCGCACCUUCCAAGAACGUUUGUUGUGUCUGAGUCGCAUUGUCAGGAACUCGUACGCAGUACCCCUUUGCUGGAGGGGGGUGACCGCAUGUCCGUUACGGAGGAGAACAAAGAAAAGUUUGUCCAACUGCUUUUGGAUCGGAUUUUGAUCAGUGGAGUUGCGCAGCAGGUGCAGUACUUUCAGCGUGGGCUUUUGAGGGUAGUGCCACAUGAACUCGUGCAGCGCAUCACUGGAAUCAUGUCAGUGAAGGAAAUUGAACUCAUGCUUUGUGGGGCUGAUGGAAUUGACGUGGAUGACUGGGAAAAGUAUACCGAAUACGAGAACGGCUACACGUCAGAGUCUGUAGUCGUGAGAUGGUUCUGGGAGGUCGUCCGAGAAAUGCCUCAACACAUGCGAGCUCAACUUCUAUCGUUUUCGACUGGAAGUUCACAAGUUCCUUCAGGAGGAUUUCGCUUUUUGCAGCCCGAGCUUUUCACAAUCCAGAGGGUUGGGGUUACAGAUAGGUUUCCCGCAGCACACACCUGUGCGAAUACGCUUGACCUACCAGAGUACACCUCCAAGGCAGUGCUUGAACAGCACUUGCGCUUUGCAUUGGAGGAGACUGGGGACUCCUUUGGUUUGCGGUAGGUUCAGUGUGGU